GCGUUAAUUAUUUGAUAUUUGAGUGGACAACAGUUUGUAACGGAGGGGCGAACAGCCAGAAGCUCCCUGCUUCUCAAUGAUAAGCUCGGUGUGUGUUUCGUCUUACCGAGGGCGCAAGUCUGGCAACAAACCUCCGUCUAAAUCAUGUCUGAAGGAGGAGAUGGCCAGAGGGGAAGACUCGGACAAAAUUAUCAUCAACGUGGGCGGCACCCGCCAUGAAACCUACAAGAGCACCCUUAGGACCCUGCCGGGGACCCGCCUGGCGUGGCUGGCAGACCCGGACACGCAGGUCAGCUCCGACUCGGACGCUGCGCCCCCGAGUGCCACCGAGUUCUUCUUCGACAGACACCCGGGCAUCUUCGCCUACGUGCUCAACUAUUACCGGACCGGCAAGCUCCACUGCCCGGCAGACGUCUGCGGGCCGCUCUUCGAGGAGGAGCUGGCGUUUUGGGGGAUAGACGAGACCGACGUGGAGCCGUGCUGCUGGAUGACCUACCGCCAGCACCGGGACGCGGAGGAGGCCCUGGAGAUAUUUGAACCGCCGGACCCGGAGGACACCGACGACGACAAAGAGAUGCCGAGGCGGUUCGGCAUCGAGGACUGUCCCAAUAGGUCGAGGGGCUGCUGCGAAGUUUGGCAGCCGAAGCUCUGGGCCCUGUUUGACGACCCGUACUCCUCCAGAGCAGCCAGGGGUGUUGCAUUCGCCUCCCUUUUCUUCAUCCUGGUGUCCAUCACCACCUUCUGCCUGGAGACCCAUGAAGCCUUCAAUGAACUGCAGAACCGGACGGAGCAGGUUGUCGUGGGCAACGUCACACACCAAGUGCAGAGGAGGGAGAUGGUGACCAAGCCCAUCCUCACCCUGGUGGAGGGCAUCUGUGUGAUCUGGUUCACAUUUGAAUUCCUGGUGCGCAUCAUCUGCUGCCCAGACAAGGUGGUCUUCAUCAAGAACACGCUCAACAUCAUUGACUUUGUGGCCAUUCUGCCGUUCUACCUGGAGAUGGGUCUGAGCGGUCUGUCAUCCAAAGCUGCCAACGACGUGCUUGGCUUCCUCCGAGUGGUGCGGUUUGUUCGGAUCCUCCGGAUCUUCAAGCUGACGCGGCACUUUGUCGGCCUGCGCGUGUUGGGCCACACGCUGAAGGCCAGUGUCAAUGAAUUCCUCCUGCUCAUCAUCUUCUUGGCGCUGGGUGUACUCAUCUUCGCCACCAUGAUUUACUACGCUGAGCGAAUCGGAGCGAGGCCCGACGACCCCACAGGCUCCAACCACACACACUUCAAGAACAUCCCCAUCAGCUUCUGGUGGGCAGUGGUCACCAUGACGACACUGGGCUAUGGAGACAUGUACCCACAGACGUGGCUGGGCAUGAUGGUGGGGGCGCUGUGCGCGCUGGCUGGGGUGCUGACCAUCGCCAUGCCGGUCCCCGUCAUCGUCAAUAACUUUGGGAUGUACUACUCGCUGGCUAUGGCCAAACAGAAGCUGCCCAAAAAGAAGAAGAAGCACAACCCGAACCCAGACGCCCCGACUGACUCUGCCUCGUUUGGGAAGUCAGAAACAAACUCACACAGAGACAGCACGCAGAGCGACACGUGUCCGCUGGCUGCUGAAGAGAGUGUCAGCAGGAACCGUUCAGAUUCCAAACAGAAUGGAGAUGCAAAUGUGGCCCUUUCAGAGGAGGAAGGCUGCAGCCUGACCCAGCCGCUGUCCCCCAGUGAAAAGUGGUCCCUGCGGUGCACCCGAGGGCGAGACAAGGCUAAGAAAGAGGCCACCUGCUUCCUCCUAACCUCUGGAGACCCCAGUGUCCAUACUGACAGCUGUAAAGACAUCCUCGCUGCCACUGGAAACUACGCUCAGCCGGAGGUCACCACUCUGACCUGAUGCUGAUUGGCUAUGAAAAGGAGAAAGAGCAUGAAGUCGCAGUGGAGAACAUGCUGUGCAGAGCUUCACCUCUGGUCCCUGCUUUCUUUUCCUUCCUGAAUGAAGUGCAGAGCGGAUUCAUUUUAUCCAGAACCAGGCCUGUUUUUUGUUUCUGUCAUACAGUGCAUCCAACACCCUGUGGUGGAAAAUCAGCUUCAGAGCAGAUUCACCAUACGCACACUCGUUUACAUGUUACACAGCAUUUUGCAUGUAUUGCAUGAUCUACCGCUGUAAAAUGUACUUUAAAAUGGCUACCAUUAAUAUCCUUAAGGCCCUGAUGACACAUUUUUCUCAUUAAGCUUCUUGUUGUGACCAGUGAGGUCCUACACGAACACCCAUUUUGAAGAGUUUAGGUUAUUUAACAUGAGAUAUUGCGUUUCUCUGAUGUCACCGACGCUCUUCGCUCUGGUUUGAAGGGAAAGUUGGAAAAAGCUGACAUAUCUCCAUCCAACCAAUCAGGAUUCAGCCGCCACAUUAGAAUCUGAAUCUUGUGACAGUUUGGUCAUUGUCAAUCAAAUCUGAUCAAAUACACAUCAGUCCUGAUGAAGGCGUUAGCUGAGUUUUCAGCUCUAAAGUUCUUAAUAAGGUUUUGUUUUUUUUAAACUUCAGCUUAUUUAGUCAUGACUGUUUAAUAUUGUAGAGGAAAGCGUAAGAUUUGAAUUAAUCUUGAGUGUGUUUUCACCCCCUGGCAACAUUUAUGUUCAUGAGAUGUUGCGCGUCUCUUUUCAUGUUUGUAGUAAUAUGUACAGAGACAGUCCGUUUGAGCUCAUUUUUGUAACUGAAAAAACGUAAUCGUUGUUUCGAUUUGUCUUAUAUCCAUACAUGUUGUUAACUAUCAAGUGAGAACACCCAAACACCUGUGAAUAUGGGUUUGUACAGCGAAACUGUUACUGUGAACUAGGAUUAGAUGAAAAUUUGAAAUCGUCGUUUGAUCCUCAAACAAACAGACCCUACAGUUCUUUGUUGAUCAUCCGGUCUCUGCCUUCUGUCGUGCCACUGCUUUGUAACGCUGACCACAGGGACAACACACAGAUAUUUUGUCAAGACACAGCUUGGUAUGAAUGCUGCUCAGGCAACACACUGUUUGUAAAUCCUUGUACAAUAAGAGAGUUUAACAAAAGAGAAAACAAAAACAAAAAAAUCAAUGGAGCAGUAUUGUCUGUCUAUUACAUUAGCCGUAUACAGUUGAUGCAUCAUUACUGGUUGAGUCAGGACCAAAUGUAGAAUCUAUUGAAUUACAUGGUAGAUUUUCAGCACCAUCGUUAGUAAAAAAAAAAAUACAUGCAGUGCAAUGCCAUCAGUUCCACUUGUGCCUCAUGUCGAGUAAUGGAGGUUAAAUGUGUGCAGUAACGUAAUUAGAUUUGUACCUUAACACUUCUGGUUGUGUCGGAUCUGUAGAAACCCUGUUACAUGUUUCCAUGGAGAGAGAAGCAGGAGGAGUGUGGUUUCUUUCACUCGUGACUUAUGAUAUAUUCCUCAUGGUCUACCAUAGUGGCCUUAUGUUUAAUAAACAAAGGGAAACUUCAUUUCAUCUUCAUUAGACUCUGUUUCUAUGCUGACCCACAGUUGUACGUAUGUAGCACAGUACAAUAUUCGGGAUCAUUCCUUCGACUCUUUCCUCCUCCCUGUGUGACAUGCUUAUGCACCAUGAAAUCGCUGUUAAACAAUAAUGAAAGAAUAUUAUUUUGAUAAUUCCCCUUUUAGCCUCAUUUCCUGUUUUCCCUGUUGUGUAUAUAUCUAUAUUUGAAUGUGAUGGAGAAGCACACAGCACAUCAGUUUCAUAUCUCCCUAUUAUGGAUUGUAUAGGUGACUGUGAUGAAUUUAAACCCAGUCAAACUGUCAGAUGUUUUGUGUGUGUGUGUGUGUGUGUGUGUGUGUGUGUGUGUGUGAGUGUGUGUGUGUGUGUGUGU